CGUCACAGUUGGGGUGGAUGGUCGUGUGAACAGCGUUCACUCUCCACAUACAUCUUCGCUCACCCUAUUCACGCCUCCCUAAUUCCGUGAAAGCUACCAACACUCUAUUUAAAACCCUUCACGUUACUUGAUCCGACUCUAUGGCAUAUUCACGGCUAUUCACAACUCGCAGCCUUACCCUUUUCUCGGUGCUGUCCCUCGGCGGUGGAUAUAUAAUGCUUAAAUCGAGGGUUUUGGCAUCGAAACAGAAGGAAAGGGCUGCCGGGGAUUACAGUGUGUCAGUGGAUAGGUCCGGCGGCGGUAUUUGAGUGAAUCCCCUCGCCCUCCAUGCAGCUUUGAAUUCAUGACCACCGGGAAAUAUAUGGCGGCAAUCUGCUUUGAGUUUGGGUGGCCUGUCUGCAAUACUUUCGUACCCGAAUGACACAGCUUUUGUUUUGG